AUGGCACAUUCAAAAUCAAAGAAACAAAGUUCAUGUAAUACUUCAGCAGAAGAAAAACAGGAUGAAAGAUUUAUAUCAUUCAUACCAAAUUCAAUUACUAGAAUCUUGGCAAUAUUAUCUUUUAUUAUAGCUUCAAUUUCUUCAGUAUAUUAUAAUAAUAGUGUUUUUAAAGGUAUUAUCAAAUUUCCUGUAUUUGUUUCUUGUAUUCAACAAUUUAUUGGUAUUAUAAUAAUGUCAACUGCUGCUCUUAUUAAAAAUAUGGUAAAAAAAAUUAAAGAAGAUGAAUUAGUAGAAUAUAAUAAAUCUAAGGAUGUUAACUCAUUAACUAAACUUAUUUAUGCAGCUCCAGUAGCAUUUUUCUUUUCAUUUAAUAUUUCUUUUAAUAAUAUAUGUUUAACUCAUGGUAAAGUUUCUACUUAUGCAAUGGCUAAAUCUACAACUUUAAUGUGGUCAUUACUUUUACAAUAUGUUCUUCUUGGUAUAAAAGUUAAAUUAACAUCUUUAAUCUCUUGUGUUAUUAUUAUUAGUGGUGUAUUAAUUAGUGCUUUUGAUCCAAAAUCACUUUUUUUAAAAUCUUUAAUAUAUGGUUGUAUUUCAUCAUUUUCACAAAGUUGUUAUAAUAUUACUCUUAAAUGGAUAUUACCAAAAGUUAAUAAUGAUUCUGUAUCAUUAUUAAAAUAUGUACAAUUAUUUUCUGUUAUUUUCUUUUUUAUUCCAAUGUUUGGUACUGGAGAAUUAAUACCAGCAUUUACAACUUCUGGUUGUUUUGAUUUUAAUGAUCCAAGAAGAAUGAUAUAUCUUUGGGGAAUUAUAGCAAUAUCAGCUAUAUUAGCUAUUUGUGUUAAUCAAAGUACAUAUAUUGUUAUUGGUUUAACUACUCCUGCUACAUUUAAUGUUUGUGGUUUAGUUAAACAAGCAUUACAAACAUUAGGUGGUGUUGUUUAUUUAGGUGAAAAAUUAUCAUACAGAACACUUGUAUCUGUAUGUUUAACUUUCUGUGGUUCAGCUUCUUAUACUAUUACUAAUCAUUUUAUCUCAAAACCAAAAGUAACUGAAGAAGAACAAAAGAUUAUUGAAGAAAAAUACAAGGAAAUUGCAAGAAAUUCCAUUGGUACAGCAUCAGAUGUUUUUGAAAAUGCUCAAGAUGAUAUUAUUAAUAUAUCCAAAGUAGAUGAAGAAAUAAUUCCACUAAAGAAUGACAUUGAACAAGGUCUAUCUACUUCUAGAACUGAUAAAUCUAUUCACUAA